GAAUCUGUUUGGCAUAUUCGUUCUACGAGGUGCAUAUCGGACGGCCUGCGCACCGUUCUCCAAGCUUUCCCGCUGUCGACGUCGCCCACGUUGCCCAUGUGAGUAACCUUAUCGGCAUCAGAUGAGGCAUAAAUUGUGCCUUCAUGCUCGCGAACAUGAUAUUUUCCUUUGCUCGGUCCGCCCAAUUUCCUCAGCUCUCUUGCGAUGCUAUCUGCCAAGGGAACUUCCUCCCCGGCCUCGAGAGGAACCACGUCCAACAGCCCUCUCUCAGACCUACCGGGAUCGCCAGACAGUUCCCGGGCCCUUGCCUGCUCAAGGUCCUCUGCAUCCCCUGCGCUCAUGCUACGUCGCUUGGAUGGCCGCCCCUCUACCGCCAGACGUUUGAUAGAGUUGACGUGCCGCGGUGGCGUAGCGAUGCCCAUUGUUUCUUCCUCUUCACGCCGCCGUAGCUCCCUUCGCUUCUCAAGAAUCAUCUGCUCACGAGUGCGAAUGGCAUCUUUCGGGGGUGGGGGUGGGGGUGGGGCAAGGGAGGAGGUACUGGCACUUCGACUCGAGGGAGGGCUCACGAAUUUGCUUCCAGAGAGAAGUUCUGGGGUUGGCGAAGAGUGUUGUUGUGGGCGAUGAGUAUAAAUCUGAGUGUCGCCGUCCUCGUCUUCCUCCCCUUCGUCCUCGUCCAUCCUAUCGUCUUGAUUUUGAUCUUCGUCGCCCUCGCCCUCCUCGUCCUCGUCCUCCUUGUCCUCGUCCAUGAGGAUAUCAAGAUCUGCUGGUGGCUCAAACUGU